AAUUCGUUGAUUAUAUCUCACAACAAGCUUUCUACAGCGAGCGACAUUGCUCAUUUGGUCAACUGUAAAACCUUGUCUAUACUCGAUCUUUCAUUUAACUACUUAGAUGAUCCAGAAAUCAUUGAUGUUUUUACCAACAUGGAAUCUUUGCGCGUUUUGUCUUUAACUGGAAAUAGCGUGAUUUCGAAGAUAAAAAACUAUCGGAAAACAUUAACUAUAAAAUGUAAAGAACUUCGUAAUCUAGACGAGAGGCCAAUAUUCAAAAAGGACCGUUUGUGUGCUGAAGCUUGGAGUACGGGUGGUAUCGAAGCGGAACAAGCCAUGAGAACCAAAUUAAACGAAGUCGAACAAAAAACGAUUUCGGAUUCCGUAAACGCACUAAUGAGUAUGCGUCGAAAUAGGAAUGUACAAAUUACUCCGUCAGCCUUCGGGGACAGCGGCCAUUGGGAAGGCGUCGACGUGAGAGAUUCUACGGACAGUUUGAUCGUGUCCAAAGACUAUUACAAUGAAUGCGAUUCUUCAGACGACGAUUCCACCGACGACGGAUCGUCCGUCAAAGACGCAAAUCCAUUGGUACGCGAAAUCAACGGUAAUAACGAUGGCGGAGACGGCUCUGCAGCUGCUGACGGUUCUGUUGAUCGGUCGACACGCGACAACGUUGGCCAUAACGAUAAAGGCUUAAGUGACGCCGAGAGUGACAUCGUAGAUUACCCGCGUGAUCGAAUGCCUGCUGGUGACCGGAGUACCUGCAUCACCACGGUGGACUGCAGCAGCGGAUACAUCGAUACAGGCCACCCCCCGAUCAUCACUGUCGCAGAAGAUGGUGACGAACUUGCAGAACGAUUAGAUGAAAAAUGUGAACACUUCGUCGACAGUAAAACCGACGCGUCUCCGAAUAACGUCGAGACGAACAAUACUGUAGAACCAUCUCUUGAACAGUGUACCGAUGACCGUUUAUGUUCAAACGAAUCGGCCGAGCUGACGAUUGAAUAUAUCGAAAAUGAAUUCGUUUCUGCAGAGAUGAAUUACGCGAAUGACGAAUUAAAUCCAGAUGAAAGUGGAAAACUUGACGACGAGAAUAGUAACAAAAACUAUAACAAUAAGAAUGUGGUAAAUAAUCAUUAUCGAAAUGUCGGCGGUUCAAUCGAAAUUAACAACACAUUAAAGGACAACGAUUCUGAAACGUGCAAAAAUUCCGAUUUAAAUGAAAGACAAGGCGUCGAAGGUUUACCUUUAUUAUGUUCAGAGCAAAUUAUUAACACUUCACAAAUAUUAUACGCAGAAAGGUCACACACUCUUGACAUAAUUGGUCAUGAUAAUGCCGAAGAAGAAUCAAGUUUAACUACAACCUGCAAAUCUGAUCGAAGUGAAAUUAAAGCAAUUCCUAUUCAACUUCCAUGGCUGUUGACACCUCAAAUAAAAGAAGAGUUUCAUAUUAAAAAAAGUUCUGAAUAAAAUCAUCAAAAACUGAUUAAAAGAUAUACACAUUUUUGUAAAGUAUACUAAAAUAAAUUAUAUUUCAUUUAGAGCUUUGGUUAGUUCUAUAGUUAUUAAAUGUAAUGUUAUAAAACUAAUCUUUGUUUUUUGAAAAAUUAACAACCGUUACUGAACAUAACGCACCAAAGCAAUAGUAUACAUUUGUUUAUUUUCAUUCUAUAUUAAUUAAUA